AUGGCAGAAUUACUCAGACCAGGAGCAACGCAAGAAAGAGCAGACGAAGCCAGAACAUCGUUUUUAGUUGGCGCAAUAACUGCCUCUGGAAUGGUAAAAAGCACACUUGGCCCCCGAGGAAUGCUUAAAUUGCUCUACUCCCAGAGGGGAGAGCCCAUAAUAACAAACGACGGAGCAACCGUGCUGAAAAACAUCGUUCCCUCCGGAGCUUCCUCCAAGAUCCUGAUAAACUCAGCGAAAGAACAUGGAGAAAAAGAAGGCGAUGGAACAACUACUCUAACUGUUCUCACGGGGGAGCUCCUCCACGAAGCAGAUAAGCUGAUUUUUAAGGGCGCUCACCCCUACAAAAUAAUAACGGACUACAGAAAAGCCCACAAAGAAGCCCUGCGCCUCCUCAGGACAGUCUCUCGCGAGUGCUCCGACGAGGAAGAGAUGCUCUCCCUCUCCAGGACGACUCUUUCCUCGAAGUUCUCCCCAAUCGAGCUCUCCUCCCUGAGCGCCCUCUCUCUCGCCGUCUCCAGAAGGGCAGAAUCGAUCGAAAUGGUGAACAUAAUAAAAGUCCCCGGCGGAGAAGUAAGUGACUCGUACCUCCACGAAGGCCUUCUCCUGGAGUGCGAGAUCGGCCCAGGACAGAAGGACUCCUGCAGCAGCCCAAGAGUCCUCAUCAUCAACACGAGCAUGGACGCAGAUAAAGUGAAAAUAUUCAGCACAAAAGCAUCCGUAUCCUCCCCGAAGGAGCUCGAGAGAAUCGAAGCAGCAGAGAAUAGGAGGAUGGCAGAGAAGGUGGAGAGCAUCGCCCAGCACGCAGAUAUAAUAGUAAAUAGGCAGAUAAUAUACGACUAUCCCACACAGGAGUUCACGAAGAGGGGAAAAAUCAGCAUAGAGAGGGCAGACUUCUCGGGAGUGGAGAUGCUCGCAAAGGCCCUUGGGGGAAGAAUCCUCAGCACUUUCGACGCUGUCCAGGAGGAGGACGUUGGAACGUGCGGACUUUUCAGGAGAGUGAAGAUCCAGGGGAGAAACUUCUGCGAAUUCUCCGGGAAUAUCCGCCCAGGAGCCUGCUCCGUCGUCAUCAGAGGACCCUCCAGGGAAAUUCGCGAGGAGUGCGAGAGAUCCCUCGUCGGGGCAGUGAAGGUCCUUAUGGGGGCGUCAAAGAGGGCAGUCUGCGGGGGAGGAAGCGCAGAGGCAGCAGUCGCGCAUAUGAUGCACCCGAAGACGGAGGGAGAAAGAGCGUACACGAGAGCCCUCCUGGAGAUCACGAGGACACUCGCAGCGAAUGCAGGACUCCCCGCGGAUGAGACACUCGAUGAAAUACUUCGCAGGAACUCGGAGGGAGUCCACACGUUCGGAGUCUCCGUGGAGGAAGCUGCAUGCAUGGAGAAGCUCGGGGUAAGGGAGUCCCUGCGCCUGAAGGAGAUCGUCUGGAGCAGGGCAGCAGAGACUGCGGAGAUGCUCCUCAGGUGCGACAGUAAUAUCAAGUGCCGCCCCAGAGAGAGAGUCCACGAGUAA